UGGCUUUAACUCCUCCUUGGCCAAGGCCGGGAUUGCCUGCAGGAGCCGGGUGUCGGCUCUCCACACCUCUCACAGCCCUCAGAGCAACCUCAGCCCAGCCCAGCUCCAGUCCAGGCCCCAUGAUGGCCAAGGACUUUCAAGAUAUCCAGCAGCUGAGCUCGGAGGAAAAUGACCAUCCUUUCCACCGAGGCGAGGGGCCAGGGCCUCGCGAGCUGAAUCCCAGGAGAGGAAAUCCGUCUUUGAAAGGGCCACCUCCUGCCCAGCCCCUGGCACAGCGUCUCUGCUCCAUGGUCCGCUUCAGUCUGCUUGCCCUGAGCUUCAACAUCCUGCUGCUGGUGGCCAUCUGUGUGAUCGGGUCCCAAAGUGCACAGCUGCAAGCAGAGCUGCGGAGCCUGAAGGAAGCUUUCAGCAACUUCUCCUCGAGCACGCUGAUGGAGGUCCAUGCUCUCGGCACCCACGGAGGCAGCGUGGGUGACAAGAUCACAUCCCUAGGAGACAAGUUGGAGAAACAGCAGCAGGACCUGAAAGCAGAUCAUGACAUCCUGCUCCUCCAUCUGAAGCACUUCCCCGUGGACCUGCGCUUCGUGGCCUGCCAGAUGGAGCUCCUCCACAGCAACGGCUCCCAAAGGACCUGCUGCCCUGUCAACUGGGUGGAGCACCAAGGCAGCUGCUACUGGUUCUCUCGCUCCGGGAAGGCCUGGGCCGAGGCAGAAAAGUACUGCCAGCUGGAGAACUCACACCUGGUGGUCAUCAACUCGUGGGAGGAGCAGAAAUUCAUUGUACAACACACGAACCCCUUCAAUACCUGGAUAGGUCUCACGGACAGUGAUGGCUCCUGGAAAUGGGUGGAUGGCACAGACUAUAGGCACAACUACAAGAACUGGGCUGUCACUCAGCCAGAUGAUUGGCAUGGGCAUGAGCUGGGUGGAAGUGAAGACUGUGUUGAAGUCCGGCCGGAUGGCCGCUGGAACGAUGACUUCUGCCUGCAGGUGCACCGCUGGGUGUGUGAGAAGAGGCGGAAUGCCACCGGCGAGGCAGCCUGACCCCAGCACACCUCUGUCUAACCCAUACCCCACACCUGCCCAGCUCUGGCUUCUCUGUUGAGGAUUUUGAAGAAAGGAAGAAACAUUGAGACGGGGGUAUGGGGAAGAGCUGAGCAAAGAGAGAAAGGAGGUAGUUUAAGAGUCCCUGACCCUGGAGGGCUGAGAUCCCACCUCCUUCUGUAAUUCAUUGUAAUUAUUAUAGUUGUCAGCCUCUUCAAUGGAGUAGGAAGGAAGAAAGAAAUGCUUGAAUCUC